CAGCUUUUGUCUAAAGUUUUUCUGGAGGUUGGAGUCGGACGUCUGGUCCGGACUGGGGUUAACCGGGACCGCUGGGACUGCUGCUGGGCCUCGUGUGUUUGACCCCCGUCACUGUUUCUGGGUGCGAGUUUCUGUCCUCCUCAUCACCUCCAGCAGCCCACCGACCCCUCUGCGCUCCCCCGGCCGCCCCUCGGAGCUCCUCCGCCGGCCGCAGAGUGCGCCGCGCCCCGCUGCUCCGCUCCGCUCCGGAGGGACGAGAUACGACCCGCCAUGGAGGGAUGAGAGGAGACCAAGCCGAGUCGGGACUUCUGCUGGCCGCCGCGACACUUUUCCCCUGUUUCCAGACUCCAUCUUGGGAAGUUUCUGCGCUGCUCCGAUUUCUGACCGCAUCGUGCGCUCCGAUGACGCACGCGCGGCAGACUGAGAGCGAGCCCAGCUGACGUCACAGACCAGGGAUCGAUAGGGGUGAAAGGGUGACCUGGGUUCGGGGUGUCCAGGAGGGGCCCCAUGCAGGACCUAGGGGGUCUGCGGUCCGGACGGGGCCGUGCGUCCCGCCGCGGCGGUCCGCCGCUGAUGCGGUUACCGCUCCUACCGCUGAUGCGGUUACCGCUCCUGCCGCUCCUGCUGCUGACGUUCCUGCGCUGCUGCGGCGCGGACGAAGAGGUUCUGAUGAACACAAAGUUGGAGACGUCGGACCUUCGCUGGACCAACCAUCCACCUGAUGAUGACACGUGGGAGGAGGUGAGCGGCUUCGACGACGAGUCCAACAGCGUCCGGACCUUCCAGAUCUGCACGCCCAACAGCCCGUCCUCCUACUGGCUGAGGACGCGCUGGAUCCCGCGGCGGGUGGCGACCACGCUCUACGUGGAGAUCCGGUUCACCAUGAUGGAAUGUUCCGGGCUGAACCAGCGCCACUGCAAGGAAACCUUCAACCUGUACCACUACGAGUCGGACAAGGACGACGCCACGCCCAGCCAGCCCGCCUGGAUGGAGAACCCGUACACGAAGGUGGGCACCAUCGCUGCAGACCACCUGCUGCGGCGAGGCGGCGAGCGCCGCUCCAACGUCAAGCUGCUGCGGCUGGAGGCGGUGCAGGGGGCGGGGCUCUACCUGGCCUUCCAGAGCCAGGGCGCCUGCAUGGCGCUGCUCGCCGUCCGCGUCUUCUACCGGAAGUGUCCGCCGCGCCGCCGGGCCUUCGCCUCCUUCCCGGAGACCGUCCCUCACUCGCUGGUGGAGCAGGCCCAAGGUGUGUGUGUGGAGAACGCCGUGACGCCGCCCGGCGAGAACUCGCAGCCUCCCAGCAUGCUCUGCGGCGAGGACGGCCAGUGGGUGGGACAGCCCACGUCCAGUUGUGCCUGUCGGCCCGGAUACGAGGCGGGAGAGUCCGACGUGCACUGCAGAGCCUGUCCGUCGGGUCACUUCAAGGCGGAGUCCGGACAGGGCGGCUGUACUCCGUGUCCAGCCUACAGCAACACACGAGUCCCCGGCUCCUCCUACUGCCCGUGCCUCCCGGACUACGACCGGGCCGACUCGGACCCGCCUCACGCCGCCUGCUCACGCCCGCCCUCGGCGCCGCGCCUCCCGGUGAGUCAUCCCAACGACACCAUGGUGACGCUGGAGUGGAGCGAACCGCUGGACCGGGGAGGCCGACGGGACCUCACCUACCGGGUUCUGUGCUCCAGCUGUGGACCCGCCUCCACCGCCAAGGGAUCGGUUGGCUCCUGCUCCGCGUGUGAAGACAGCGUUCUCUAUCGCCCCGCCCAGUCGGGCCUGACUCAGCGCAGCGUCAUCAUCUGGGGGCUCCGCCCACAAUCCAGAUACACAUUCACCAUCCAGUCACUGAACGGGGUCUCGGCUGUCAGCCAUUCAGAGCCGGCCUCCGUCGGGAUCAACGUCACCACCAGCAGAGACGUUCCUCCUCCGGUGUCAGGUGUGAAGAGGGUGGGGGCCUCGGAGAGCAGCCUGUCCGUGGAGUGGGCCGUGCCGGUCCUGCAGAACCAGCACCAGGUCCUGGACUACCAGCUGCGCUACAGCCGGCGGGACGGCGAGGAGGCGGGCCAGUGGCAGUACGUGUCCAGCAGGUCUUCCUCCGUGGUGCUGACGGGGCUGCAGCGGGCGGCGCGCUACCAGGUCCAGGUGCGCGCCCGCUCCCAGACCGGAUACGGCUCCUUCAGCGCGGCCAGCAGCUUCAGCACGCUGCCGGACGGUGUCAAUCAGACUCAGCUGCUGCUCACCGCCGUCCUCGUCUCCACGGGAACACUGCUGCUGGUCGCCGUGGCGAUUGUUGGAGUUUUCUGCUACCGGAGGACGAGGCGCUCCGAGGUCAACGACCGGACCGGACACUACCAGAUGGGACAGACGAUGAAGGUGUACAUCGACCCCUUCACCUACGAGGACCCCAACGAGGCCGUCCGGGAGUUCGCCAAGGAGAUCGACGCCACCUUCGUCAAGAUCGAGGAAGUCAUCGGAGCAGGGGAGUUUGGCGAGGUGUGCCGGGGCCGGCUCAGGAUUCCCGGCCGUAAGGAAAACUACGUGGCCAUCAAGACGCUGAAGGGCGGCUACACGGACAAGCAGCGGCGGGACUUCCUGUCGGAGGCGUCCAUCAUGGGUCAGUUCCAGCACCCCAACAUCAUCCACCUGGAGGGCGUCAUCACCACCUCCUGCCCCGUCAUGAUCCUCACCGAGUUCAUGGAGAACGGAGCGCUGGACAGCUUCCUGAGGAUGAACGACGGGCAGUUCACCACCAUCCAGCUGGUGGGGAUGCUGCGCGGCAUCGCGGCCGGGAUGAAGUACCUGUCGGACAUGAGCUUCGUCCACCGAGACCUGGCGGCCCGGAACAUCCUGGUCAACUCCAACCUGGUCUGCAAGGUAUCAGAUUUCGGACUCAGCCGGUUCCUGACGGAGAACUCGUCCGACCCGACGUACACCAGCUCUCUGGGCGGGAAGAUUCCCAUCCGCUGGACGGCUCCUGAGGCCAUCGCCUACAGGAAGUUCACGUCGGCCAGCGACACCUGGAGCUACGGCAUCGUGAUGUGGGAGGUGAUGUCCUACGGGGAGCGGCCGUACUGGGACAUGAGCAACCAGGACGUGAUCAACGCCAUCGAGCAGGACUACCGGCUGCCGCCGCCGCCCGACUGCCCCGCCUCCCUGCACUCGCUCAUGCUGGACUGCUGGCAGAAGGAGCGGGCCAACCGGCCCCGGUUCUGCGACGUGGUGGCGGCGCUGGACCGGCUGAUCCGGAACCCCGCCUCGCUGAAGGUGACGCAGACGGAAGGGUCCAGUUCUUCACAGCCCCUCCUGGACCAGCGAGUCCCGCCCCUUCUGUCGGCCUGCGGCUCCGUCUCCGAGUGGCUCCGGGCCAUCAAGAUGGAGCGGUACGAGCACAGCUUCCUGCAGGCCGGCUUCACCAGCCUGGAGAUCAUCUCGCAGCUCAGCACCGAGGACCUGCUCAGAGUGGGCGUGACCCUCGCCGGCCACCAGAAGAAAAUUCUCUCUUCCAUCCAGACGCUCAGGAUACACAAAGCCCCGCCCACUUUGCUCUACUGACCAAUCACAGCUCCUCACUGCCACGCUGUCCCACAACGCCACAACGCUCAGGAUGUCUCCGGCUCCUCCCGCUCUAACUCUGAUUCACAGGAACGCUUUGCAGCCGGAGAGGCUCCGCCUCCCGCCUGUCUGACCAAUCAGAGUCCAGAGUUGCUGUCAAACCCGCCUACCUGCUUGUUUUGACCAAUGAGAGUGGAGGACGGAGUCGACCAGCGGCCGCAGGGACAAUGCCGACUUCCUGCUCAGGACGUUUCUCGCCAAACUACCACCCAAUCCGCUGCUCAGGAAACCCAAAGCUCCGCCUCCCUUUUACCUGAUGUUUAAUUCAAGCCAUGAGUGACCGCACAGAUAAGCCCCGCCCACAGGGGGGGCUGUUUCCUGCUCUCUCUGCAACGGUUGGACCAGGAACUUCCUGCACAGCAGAAGGAUGAAACAACUAGGAACUAAACUGAGUAAUCAAACUCCCGUCGCCAUGACAACGAGACUUAGCAGCAACCGGAAAAGUGCCCAGUGAAGGUGUAUUUUGACGGACGUCUGUCUGCACUUUUUCGGGAAUACGCCGGUUGUCUCCAUGGAGACGGGAACAUCGUCCUGAAAGAUCGGGAUUUUAUCCGGAGAGGCUGAACAAACCGUGUCGGACACUUCAAAUCUGUGAGGAAUAUUCUGGGAUGUCCUCAGCACUCACCGCCGUGCCUUCGUCGGGAAUCUUCGGGAGUCUUUGGGAAUGCCGCAAAUAAAAAAUACUCAUACCGGAACUUUUCCACAACUUUUAUAAGGUUUUUAAAUUUGAUUCUUCGGGUGCUGAAUGUCCCGUCUUGAACUGACGUGACGGGACUCAUGAGGCCGGGACCGGUGGACCCGUGCGGGUCCCGCAUCGGUGACCCGCUCACAUCACUCGCCGUGAAAGUGGGACCCGUAAAAUCGGUGGUUGCGUCUUUAGAACCCGGACUGACACGAGUCGGGUCCGGAUGUCGGUUCCAGGUCCCACCGGAGACCCAGGGUUGUAAAUGUUGAAGCGCUUUAAACGCUGAAUGUUUUUCUGAAGCUGGAGAACCACAGAACAACUCGUGUUGGACCUUUGGACUGUUGAUGGUUUCGUAUUUUAGCACUUUUUUGUACGUGACAUGUUUUUAAAAAAAAAAAAGUAUUUUAUUCUGAAGAGACAUUAAAAAAAAAACAUUUUUUUAAAGAAAAGUUCUAGAAAGAUUGUGAAAGUGGUGGCUAGCUCCGCCGCCUCCAGAACCGCCUGAAUAAACCAGCCGCUUCUUGUCCAGCAGCCGGAAGCUCGUUAGAGACUUUGUCAUGUCAUCAUCCUUCCGUAGUUUUGAUUGAAAUGUCAUCAUUUUGAUGUCACAACCAACAAAUGUACCCACGAUUCAGCUGUGCACAACUCUGUUUGGCUGCUAAACCGAAGACCAAACCUGACUGGGGUCUCGACUCCACAGACUCACUGACAGGAAGCUGCUUUUCAAAAUAAACCACUACAUUUUGUUAUGUUUUUAUUGACUGAUUCAGGACUCCACCCACUGGUCCUCUGACCUGUCCGUCAAACCACUAACGAGCCAAAUAAAGUAUUGCUUCAGGAAGCUCCGCCCUCAGGGUCGUAGGUGCCGUCAUCACCAGCUCAGCGGUCAUGUGAGCCAUCCUUACCCGGUCUACCCGGUCAGAGGUUCUGUCCCGGCUCCGGCCCACUCCGUCCCAAAGCUGUCAUACGUCCACGUCCAUGAAUGCAAAUGUUAUUGUAAUUAAUGUUGGUGUUACGUGUGGGGGGAGGGGUCUCUGUCAGCCAAUCAGAAUAAAGAUUUGCUGUCC